CGUGUCAUCUUAUUUACUACCCACAAACACCACCUGCUUCUGCUGCAAGAGGAAUACACAUGCAUGGACGACUUCACCUUCCCUACCACCGCAGCAUCAGCAGCGGCGGCGGCGGCGGCGGCAGACACUAGCGCCGCAGAGCCCCCGCUUCGCCUGCACCUGCACCACCACCGCCGCCGCGUCCUCCACUUCGCCGGCUCGCCGCUCUGGUUCCCUUCCUGCCCCGUCGCGGCCGCCCCGCCUGCAGAGCCGGUGCUGGCGGGCGCCGUGGCGAGCGGCAAGGGCGACGUCGUCCGAGGAGACGUCGACGUCAUGGCGGAUAAAGAACGAGGAGGAGGUGGUGGAGAAGAGAGAGUCGAGGAGGAGGAGGAGGCGAUGUCGGAGUGGUCGGACGAAGGACGGCCGGAGGAGGUGAAAGCGGAGGCGGAGACGGCAAGAGAGUUCUCUCGCGGCGGCGGCGACGACGACGACGGCGGGGAUGGCGGUGACGGUGGCGCGGAUAAGGACGAGGAGGAGGAGGAGAAGAUGGACCUGCUGUGGGAGGACUUCAACGAGGAGCUGCAGCAGGCGCUGCACCAGCGCGUGGGCUCGUGCCCCCGGGCGGACGCGCGCGCGGCGGCGGCGGCAGCCGGGCUGGAGCUGUCGCCGGAGUCGUCCGACGCGGAGUCGGAGCCCGCGGCGACGCCGACGGCGGUGCUGCGCCUGCGUGGCCACGUCGGGUGCGCGCCGAUGAUGCUGCGGCCGUCGUCGAGGGCCGGCGGCUACCGCCGGGCCACCAGCUGGGUGCUGCUCAUGAAGAUCUUCAGGAGGCUCUUCGUCAUCGAGAAGACCGUCUCGUCGGCGUCCGGCCGCCAUGGCCAUGCGGUGGCUCGCCGCUGACGUCAUCAUCCAUCUAUUCGUACGACUCUUGCACGGUUAAUUAAUUCCCUGACAUUAAGAAGCAUAAUUAGCUUCUUACUGCUGAUUAAUUAAACUGCAAGUAGUAAAUUAUAGGCACACGAAUUGCUCUUGAUGAUAACGCCAUGUGUAGAUAGGGUUUAUUCAGCAGGUACAAGGGGAUGGAUCAUGGAGAGAGUUAAGCAUCACUUCAAUUUUGAAA